GCGAGCGCGCGAGGGCGGAUCCCCCGCCGCGCGCCCGGGCCUGAAAGGGAGCCAAUCGCGCGGGCCCGGCCCCUGCCAAUCACCGGCCUCCCUCCAAUCCCACCCCGCGCACACUUCCCAAACUCGGGUGCCCCAUUGCGCCGCUCAAAUGGGCCGAGAGCUCUGCCAAUCGCUGGAGGCCAGAGCGGCGAGAGAGGAGAAGGAUGGGAGCAGGCGGCGCCGCCGACAAAAGAAGAAGAAGAAGUUCGAGCGGCGCUUGAGCGCUCGCUCCAUGUUUGGCAGCGGAAAGGAGGAGGAGGAGGAGGAGGAGGCGGAAGGGAGGAAGAAGAGGAGGAGGAGGAGGAGGAAGGCCCUAACCCAUGGCGCCAUAAUGGAGCCCGCGCUGAGCUGCAAGAGGAGCCCCGGGCUGCGCGGCGGAGGAGGAGGGGGCUUCCAGGCCUUGCUCCCGCCGGACUUGGGCUCCUCGGCGCCUUUCGGGCCCGAACACGUGGCGGCAGGGGCGCUUGAAGCCUCCUUCGCUGCUGCGUCUUCUUCGCACUCCCUCGGAGUUGGCGUUGGCGGCAAUCCUUACGCGGCGGCAGCGGCGGCGAGCUCUCCCAUGUUCAUCUCCUCCUCCUCCCCUUCGGCGGCCUUCCCGGGCCUCCACGAGCACCCCACGGGCGCCCCGAGUGGGCCCCACCCGCAGAUGCGCCUCGGGCUGGCUGUGGCGGCGGCAGCGGCAGCAGCAGCGGCGGAGUUUUACGGCCGCGUCGAGCCCUUCCGGCCCUCCUCCUCCUCUGCAGCUUCCGAAGCGUCUCCUUAUGCCUAUCCGGUCAACUUGGCAGCUUUGCAACAGCAGCAGCAGCAGCACUCCCACGCGCCCUCCCACCAGCACCACCAGCCCCACCACCAUCCUCCGGCCUCCGCCGCUGCCUUCCUUCGCUACAUGCGGCAGCCCAUCAAACAGGAGCUGAUCUGCAAGUGGGUCGAGGCCGAGGGCCCCUCUCCGCCGCCGCCGCCGUUGCCCUGCUCCAAGACCUACGGCACCAUGCACGAGCUGGUCAGCCACGUCACGGUGGAGCACGUGGGCGGCCCCGAGCAGAGCAGCCACGUGUGCCUCUGGCAGGAGUGCCCCCGCGAAGGGAAGCCCUUCAAGGCCAAGUACAAGCUCAUCAACCACAUCCGCGUCCACACCGGAGAGAAGCCCUUCCCCUGCCCCUUCCCCGGAUGCGGAAAGGUCUUCGCCCGCUCCGAGAACCUCAAGAUCCACAAGAGGACGCACACAGGGGAGAAGCCUUUCAAGUGCGAGUUUGAUGGCUGCGACAGGAAGUUUGCCAACAGCAGCGACAGGAAGAAGCACUCCCACGUCCACACCAGCGACAAGCCCUACUUCUGCAAGGUCCGGGGCUGCGACAAGUCCUACACGCACCCCAGCUCCCUGCGGAAGCACAUGAAGAUCCACUGCAAGUCCCCGCCGCCCUCGCCCACGCUGGGCUCGCACGGCUACCAGGCCACGGGGACGCCCUUGGGGGCCGCGCUCUCCCCGCUCCAGCGCCCGGCCAGCCUCUCCUCCCCUCAGGUCACCAACCUCAACGAGUGGUACGUCUGCCAGGCCGGCGGCGGGGCGCCCAACCACCUCCAGACGCCCUCCAGCAACGCCACCUCUUCCGAGGAGGACGACGACGACGAGGAGGAGGAGGACGACGACGAGGAGGAAGAGACUUAUAGGAACUCUGAGGCCAGGACGAUUCGUUAGGACGGGGAAGGAGGUAGAACUUACUUCUGGGAUGGCAUCUUGUGCCAUCUUGGUUCACUUGGGCUAUUUAUUCAUUUAUAUAUGAAACCCUAUGGUGUUUGUACAUGUAACUAAUUUAAUUAAGACAUUGGACUUGUCUCUUUGGAAACUAAGGAAAGAACACUCACGAAGGCGGACUGUCAAAGUGUUCCUUCCACCAUGUUGCUGUGAGGUUUCCGGGCUGUAUGGCCAUGUUCCAGAACAUUCCGUCCUGACGUUUCGCCCACAUCUGUGGAAGGCAUCCUCAGAGGUUGUGGGAUAUAUCUGCAACUAGGCAAGGGAGGUGUAUAUAUCUGUGGAAGGUCCAGGCUGGGAGAAAGAACUCUUGUCUGCUGGAGACAAGUGUGAAUGUGGCAAUUAAUCACCUUGAUUAGCACUGAAAAGCCUUGCAGUUUCAAAGCCUGGCUGAUUCCUGCCUGGGAGAAUCCUUUGUUGGGAGGUGUUAGCUGGUCCAGAUUGUUUCAUGUCUGUUACUUCCACCUUUUCUCACCCUCCAAAUUUAAGGAAGGUGGCAGAGGGAUUUUUCAGUGUGCACUGCUCAAUUUCUACUUUAUGCAUUGACCAUUGAUUGCAAGUUUUCCCCAAAAUAAAGCCAGAAAUAUGGCUUGUGAAUGUAAUUAGAAAAAUAAUGGGCCUUCUCUUUGCCAAGUGUAAUCCUUGCAAACUAGUCCACAGAUUUCUUGAAAGGUACGUCCUUCUAAGCCUCUGCCCCAUCAUUACCACCUGGGAAGCUACCAUCUGAUUCAUUCUAUCCAAAAAUUGUAUAUGCAUAAGAAUGUACAUGGACAGUGCACUGCCUUUGCAUUUGUUUUUCCCCCCAAGAGCUCUAAACUGAAAACCUAAAUGUAGUAUUUGGGUUACAGUCAGCAUCACAUUAAACCAGUGGUUCCCAACCUGUUGUCUGUGGACCAUCAGUGGUCUGCAUGAACUAAAAUAUGGUCCUCGCCAUUACUACUAGGUAUAAUAACACAGCCCAACCAAAAAUAAAAAUUUUUCUUGGUGUCUUCAUUUUUAGGCCUGUUCCUGUGGUUAUUUGGGGUGCUGAUUCAGAAAAUUGCAUUGGAUAGACCAGCUCUAAAUUUUAAAUAUGGUUUUCUGUGAGCGAACAGAUGUGACUACUGGAUGGCAUAUGUUAUGUAUCAGAAACUAGAGCUGAAGUGGUCUAUCCAAUGCUAUUUUCUGAAACGGCAACCCAAAUAGUCAAAACCCUUUUGGUACUAAUGUUGGAGAGUGGACUCUGGUCAAAUUGGUCCUUGGUCACAAAAAGGUUGGGAUCCACUGCAUUAAACCCAUGUCCAAACUAGUACGCACCCUUUCAGAUCAAUGCUAUAUAAACAUACUAACUUGGAAGAUUGGUCCAUUGUUUUAAAUGGAGCUCAAUUCCAACUAAUUGAACUUGGCAGGUCAUAGAACUAUCUGAAUGGGAUUUUCACACAAGACCCUCUUGAAUGAUCUUCUUUGACUGGUUUUCCUCCGCCCAUAUAAACUAUAUAUGUUUCUUUAAAACAAAGCCACUUCAAUUUUAGAUGUCUCCAUUGUUUUAAUCUAACAAUUUUUAAAAAAAAUCUCCCAACCUUUGAGCUGAAUGAAAAAAUAAUAGCAGCUUCUGUGUGUCAAUACUAAUGCUGCACCAAUCUUAACAUGAAUUUAUGGUAUUUUGAAUGCAGUUGGUCAGCUGAUUUUAAUAUCACUUACAAGUGAGAUUGUGCUAUGUGUUUUCCCCAUAAAAUUUGAUUAAAUAAUAAAUUUAAUAAUAAAUUUUAUUGAUUAGCCCUUAGGCUAAUACCAAACCAAACAACAAGGCUUGAUAAGACUUGAUUACACUCUAUGUAGUAAGUUAAAAUAAGACACUUAUAACAAUAACUAUGAUAAAACUGAAUACAUGAUCAUAUUUCCUUAAUUUGAUUAAAUGAAAAUAUCUGUCUCAUGAGAUGUGUAGCAAAAGGCCACAUCUUUCUUAUGAAGGAGUCACAUUGAAUCAUAGUAAAUUGGAUUCAUGAGUAAGCAAUAUUUGGGAAUGACGCCCAGAUAUAGCGUUAGGUCAAAAGUGUUGUGUGAACUUCACAGCUGUUAUGUCAAAAUCUCCCUCUUGAUGCUGGAGUGACACAUACGUUCUGGAAAGUAUUAUUUUUACUGUUCCAGCUUUACACCCUUAAUAUAUACAAAUGAUUUUUAAAAUGACUUCUAUAUCCCACCCCCAGGUCAGUUUCUGACACCAUGUUUUGUAUGCAAUGUACCAAUGACCAAAGUGUAUUGUGGGUUUUUUUUUUGUUUUCUUUUUCAAGGGAGAUAACUUGUCAUAAAUGUAUAAAAUGGAACAUUGUGGCAAGGGGAACAGCUCAGUAGAUCAGCUUUGGCUUAACUGCUAAGAGACUAAAGAGAGAGGACAUGCAAACCUGACAAUUUCUGAUGCAGUUAGUGCAACACAUGUCACAUGCAAAAUGCUGGCUUAUCAUAAACACUUUACAGAUUACUUUAAGGCCACUAAUUUAUCCUCAGAGACCACUGAAUAUGUAACUGGAUGCCUGUCUAUUCCCAGAACUUGUAGAAAUGUAUGGGGAAUUUUUUUACAGUCUGUAUUGUGAUACGUAGUCUUGUCAUCUUUAUAAAUUGUAUGUGGGAGUGAUUUAUUUUGUACAACUGAAUUUAUUUAUUUUUUUAAUUUUUAGAUAUGACCCCCCCUUUCCCCAUGCUUUUCUGUUUGACGAGUACAGAGCACACCAAAGAAAAUUAUUAUUAAUUUUGGUGAUAGGUUGUCUAUAAAUUCUGUGGUUGCUUUUGGGGGCGGGGGAAGUCAUUAUCAUUUUCAGGUUACUUGAAUGAAUAAUGUAAUGUGAAAAACAGGUCCUUCCUGCAUGUCUCCUGUGCAGUGUGUUGGUGAUUCAAUAUAGUUUAUAGAGAUGUUUCUUAGUACAGUGCAUGGUGCUGUCUGAUCUGGAAGCCUUUACAUGCCCCAAUCAUUCUGUUAUAUGACAGGGGUGGGGAAAGACAUUUCUUUCAUUAGCUAUAUCUAUAAAUAUAUAAAUGAGAACUUGAAAUACAAAACAGGUUUAAAUCGUUUUAUUUCUUUUUCAUUCCUUCUACCAAACCCAUUCCAAUGAUGAGGGGAAAAAUACAGUAAUGCAAAAAUAUUAGCCUGAAUUCUGUGUUUGUCCUACCUAAAGUAGACCCACUGAAUUAAUAAGAUGUACCUAUGUGUUGGCUUAUCAUGCAACAAUGAAUUGAAUUAGUCUGCUCUGGUUGGAAUUAACCAACAGUAUUCCUGCCAUUAAUUUUAAAAGGAUCAGUACUUUAUGCUUUGCCAACGUCUUGUUUUAGGUGGAAGAUUGCUUAAUUUAUACCUGUUAUUCUCCUGCCCUCUUCUCUACGAAAUAGAUUGCACUAUCCACCUCUCCUGUUUUGUUUAAUGUGAAACAUCUUCAAAGAAACACAUGUAUUUGGAAAUACUUGACUUGAGCAAAUUUACUUGCAAUUUUAGGUGUUCAUUGUUUGGAGGUGCCCGGAGUGGACACUCUGCCAUUGCUUUUCUUUCAUAUUUUCAAAGCAUACAAUACCUCCUUCGUAUCUGUAAACAUGGUCACAAGAAAGCAAGAAAGGUUAAAGUGAAAUAAAAAUAUUCUUCUUAUA